UUAACUCCCGUCCAAAGCCCCGCCACCCAGAGGGAGAGGGCGCUCCGCAUGGCACCCACGUUUUACCACUACCUGCCAGUGCCUAUGGACCUGAAGGUACAGCAAGACCCGGAGCGCUGCCGCUGGUGGCUCCCGGCCCUGGUGCUGGCGCUGCUGGCGGCGGUGGUGGCUCUCUCGGCCGCUCUGGGCAUCUUCGUCCACAAAGCCCACAGCCCUGCCUGUCUGGAGGGGCUCCGGGCAGAGCAGGAGUGUCACAGCGCCACCAGUGUCCUGCAGCGCCAGCUGAGCCGGGCCCAGGAGGGCAUGAGGCAGACUGAGACCCAGGCCGCCAGGUGCAACCACACGGUGGCGAACCUGACGGCCUUGUUGGAGGCGGCCAAGGCUAAGGACCUGCAGAAGCAGGUGGAGGUGAAGGAGCUGCAAGGCGAGAUCCUGCAACUGAACGUGAAGCUGCAGGACUCCUGGGCGCAGGUGGAGCGCCUGAGGAAGGAGAACAGCGCCCUGAGGGACCAGCACAGCGGGGCCCAAGCCGGGGCCGCCUCCAGCCGCGGGGCGGCCGCCCCUCUCCUCUUGGGCCUGGGCCUGGCCGCCGCGCUGCUCGGAGCUCCGGGGGGCAGCUGCUGGCAGGUGCACCUGGCCGGUACCAGCGGCUGCUGACGCAUUGGGAGGGGACCGCGGGGGCGGCACGACUGCGAGGGGGGCGGGGAGCGGGGAUAGGAACAGUGCGGGUGGGGGAACUCCGUGCUGCCUCCCCCACCCCACCCGCCACACUGGUGGGGCCCUCUCCUCCCCACUGCACCUACUUUUUGCUGUAACGGUUUCUGUCGCUUUGUCCUUGAGUCUUUGAGCUCUAAAAUAAUAAAGGUUUUACUCAAGUUCCUGGAA